AUGCAGACCGCCCUGGACGAGCUCCGUGCCGCGCUGACCGCGGAGCGUGUCACGGUGCAGCGGCGUGCCGAUGAGGCCCUUGCAGCGAUGCGGCAAAAGUGCACCGAUGCCCAGGAGGAUCUGAAGCUGGCGCGGCUUGACGUCGACGCGCUGGCACAUGACCUGCGCAAGAGCGCUGAGGAGCUCGCACGGGAACGAAUCAACAUGGCGGCGGCGCAAGAGGAGUUUGAUGCCAAACUAGAGGCGAUGCAACGCGACUUUGAAAGGAAGAAGCAGGAACAGCAGCAUCGCACGGAGCAGCAGCUCAACGAGGCAGCCACGCAGCACAAGCUGUUCGUCGACGACCUGAUGUGGCAACAUCAGGAGGAGCGGAAGGCACAAGAAGCAGUGGUGCGGGAGCUGCAGGCGGCGCUUGAGGAGUUGCGCUAUCGCUACGAGUACCGCGAGUCGCGGCCAGAGGAUGUGGCAAUGAUCAAUCGUCUUAUGAAGGAAGGGCGGCAGAAGGAUCAGACGCUGAAAAAGGCAAUAAACGACAUGAAAAUGUACAAACUGGAGCUCAUCAACCGCGAGGAAAACUAUAAUAAGGUCUUCGGACGGCGGCCGCUCGUGGCGUCGAAUGAUACGGCGGAUAGUGUGCAGCAGCAGCAACAACAACAACAACAAGACGCGCACCGCCGCAGCAUCGUUAAUAGGAGAGGAUUUUCAACGUAG